UGAUGUUUGUCUCAGCUUUUUUAAAGUCCCUGCACCGAUCCUCGAGUUUGAUUACCCCACGCCACCAAGGGGAGAACGGCCCCACAGGAGUUCAGGAACAGGUUAAGCCUAGUGUACUCGGUAAAAAUGGACUUCUCCGAUCUGCUGCCAGUUUUUGCAGCCAUCGCAGUUGGUGUAUGAGCACUGUGCAGUUUGUUGAUACACGGUCGACAGCCUCCAGAGAAUAGGGCGGACUGAUCAAGCAGGACUGGGAAAUAAGAAGCGAAAAAAAAAAUAAAAUACACACCUGGGCAAUAACCCACCACUUCCACACCCCCGGCUGCCACUGCGUCCUCGAUGGCCCACGACCCAUGACCCAUGACGGAUCUCUUGCGCGUGCUCCCGCACUUCCCUGUCGGGCAGUUCGCGAGGCUGAUUCCCGUGCUGGAGAAACACGCCGUCUCAACAAGCGACCUCCUCAGCCUUGAGGCCGCCGACAUUGGGAAGCGUACCCGCCUGCCGUUGCUCGACGUCAAGCGGUUGUGCAGUGCUGUGUUGGACGCUCUCCAUUCGGAGCUCGGUGUCUCGACUACCGUUCCGAGACCUCGACAGCAAGCCAAGGCCGGAUCCGAAGCGGGCCCCGGCUUAGAAGGCCCGAACGGCGGAGGCCGCGCCGCUCCGGAACAGUUCGAUGCGGAGCACACACCCGCAAGCUCGCUGGGAGGCACGGCCGCUUCGCUGUCCGCGCAAUGGCAGACCAUCAGCACACUUGAUGGCGAACUCGACCGCGCCCUGGGCGGCGGCAUCCCCGCCGGGUAUGUGACCGAGGUCACGGGCGAGUCCGGCGCCGGCAAGACCCAGUUUCUGCUCACCCUCCUCCUCUCCGCGCAGCUGCCGCCACCACACGGUCUAGGUCGCCCGGCGCUCUACAUCAGCACCGAGGCCCCGCUCUCGACCCGGCGCUUGACGCAGAUGCUCUCGGCCAACCCGCUCUUCCAGCGCCUGCCCCCUUCGCAGCGGCCGUCCCUCGACAACAUCAUCAGCACCGUCACCCCCGACCUGGAGAGCCAGGAUCACAUCCUCACCUUCCAAGUCCCAGUCGAGGUUGAGCGCCGCGGCAUCGGCCUGCUGGUGGUCGACUCGGUCGCAGCCAACUACCGCGCCGAGUUCGAGCGCUCCGGCGGCAGCCAGCACGGCUCUAACAUGGGCGUGCGCACCGCCGAGCUCGUCAAGCUGGGCAUGCACCUGCGUGACCUCGCGCAGCGGCACAACCUGGCCGUGGUGGUCUCCAACCAAGUAGCAGACCGCUUCUCCAGCGGCAGCAGCAGCAGCGGCAUUACUCCCAGCUUCCAGACCCCCGCCUCCUCCCUCCACCGUCUUCCUCCCCAGCCGCAACCCCCCCGCCAGACCCAGGAAUCCCCCCUCGCAACCCGUAGCCGGGCCCCUCCACAACCACAACUACCCCCUUCCUCGUCAGUGUCAUCAUCCCUGCCUUCUUCCAGCCUCCCCCAACAACCACCGCCCCCUCCACCCUUAUUCAACCCAGACGAGACCGACAAUAACAACACCCUCCCGCAGCAGCCAUCCCACCCGGCCCUGCUGCUCGACCACCAACAGCGCUGGUUCACAGGCUGGGGCGACGAGCCGUCCUCCUCUCCCUCCCUUGCGGCAGGGCCGCUCAAGACUCCGUCGCUGGGGCUGGUGUGGACGACACAGGUGGCCGGGCGCAUCGCUCUGUUCAGGCGGCCGGCGGCAUAUACAUACCAACAAGGGAAGGGCGGGUGGCGGCGGUGGAUGAAGGUAGUUUUCGCCUCGCACGUUGCGGGGACGGGCCCGGGGCUGGAGGGGGCGGUGGAGUUUGAGGUUUGGAUGGGUGGUUUGCGCUCAACGUCAGCGUCGGGGAUGGGUGUGGAAAGCGGGGAUGGAAACGAGACGAAGGAGGGGUGAAGGAUGGGAAAUUAAUGUUCUGCGAUUCUACCUGUUGGUUGAGAAAUGCACGGCAUGAUAUGCUUGGGUUAAUGAGGAAGUUAAUGUUAUUGUUUAUUCGAGGGAGGGAUCCCGUCAAGGGGAGAAUGAAUAGACCCCAUCCCAAUAUAAGACAAUACAAGACUAUCUCAAAUGCCGC